GCCGCUCCGGCCCGGGGCGCGGGGCCGCUCCGUCGCCGCGGGGUGCGCACGGCAGAUGUGCCUCCUGCAGCCCGAAGCACCGCGGGUGAGAGACGAGGGGCCGGCGGCUGCGUGACGGAGCUGGACCGGCACCACGGCACCACGGCAGCGGCGGAGCGGAGCGUCCUGCGCCCCACAGCCAUGGGGCUGCUCGUGCAGGGCGUCCUGCUGCUGUCCUGCCUGCACGCCGCCGCCUUCCCCAGGGGCUGCUACCCCUCGGAGGAGGAGGGGCUGAAGACCUUCCGCUGCAGCAACGCCCGGCUGACAGAGGUCCCCAAAGACAUCCCCAACGACACCAACAAGCUCUACCUGGACUCCAACCGCAUCCCUUUCCUGCCCCGCGAUGCCUUCCGGGACCUGCCGCUGCUGCUGGAGCUGGACCUGUCCCAUAACGCUAUUGCAGCCAUUGAGAGCGGGGCGUUCCGCGGGCUGGCCGACCACCUGCGCUCUCUGGACCUGUCCUCCAACAGGCUGGUGUCGCUCAGCAAAGACGUCCUGAGCAACGUGAAGGCCAAGGUGAACCUGUCCAACAACCCCUGGCUGUGUGACUGCCGCCUGCAGGAGCUGAUCCGAGCCGUGGACCUGGUGGCAGGAUCCUCUACCGGCAUCGUCUGCGACUCGGCGCUGCAAGAGGAGCACGUGGGCAAAGCCUUCGUGCAGGUGAUCGCCGACACGGACUUCUGCAACGUGUAUAAAAAGACCACAGACAUUGCCAUGCUGGUCACCAUGUUCGGCUGGUUCGCCAUGGUGAUCUCCUACCUGGUGUACUACGUCAGGCAGAACCAGGAGGACGCGCGGCGGCACUUGGAGUACCUCAAAUCGCUGCCCAGCAAACAGCGGCACUCGGAGGAGUCGUCCACCAUCAGCACCGUGGUGUGAGCGGGGCUGGGGGAGGUGGGACGUCAUGGCAGCCCUGGGGAGUGGUGUCCAAUGGGGGCAGCGAGAGGACACGGCCGUGCUGGGGAGUGAUAAUGGGGUCCCAGUUCUUGGUUCCAGGCAAUGUGAGAAGGGAGAACUGAGUGUGCCCCCACCACGCGGCACCGCUCCGGAUGUUGGGACUUGGUAUGGAACUGAUUUCCUUUGUAGCCAUCCCUGGGGUGUGAGUGACAUUGAGGUUUUAACCCCUCCUGUUUGCCCUGGGGAGGUUCCUGGAGCUGUGGGGCAGUGAGGGGUGAGGGCUGUGGGGUGGAUAGAUGGGGAUGGGGGGAUGUGGUGGUGGGGAGUGGAUCCAGCUCCCACCUCCUGGGCUGGAGCUGCCGCCCCAUUGCUGCUGAUGGGCACCAGGGGUGAAGCGGGGACCCCCCCUCUAAGUGUUAAGGUGAAAAUGGGAUCAGAACCCCCGGGCUGUGCCCUGUGCUGAGGGCAGUGGGUGCUGACGGGGGUCUGAGGACACACGGGGUCGGUGCUUUGGGUCAGUGCACCCCCCUGCGGCUCCGCUCUCUCUCAAGGACUCACGGCUGCGACCACUCACUGUGACAGCGCUGGGAUGGGGCAGAGGCAGCUGCUCCUCCUCCUCCUCCCACUCCCUGCGCCGCUGCCAGGAGCCCAAACGUCCCCUCGGCCCCACAUGUCCCUUUCUGACACUCUCCAUUGGGCUCCUGGGGUUGGCAUCUGGGAUGGGGCACGCAGGGUCCACGCGGAGCCGUGGGGUGAAGGCAGCCCGUUGCCUGCUCCUUUGGCUCCCGUCUCUGGUUUUGUCCUUUUUUAAACCAACUGAAGCUCAACUGCCUUAAUUCACCGAGAGCACCAACCAAAGCUGCACCAACACCUCCUGCAGCGCCUGCCCCACACAUCUGGGGCUGGCAGGGCUCGGGCCCCCUCCAUCCCUCCAGUGCCCGGUGCCUAUGGACGGGGCUGUAGGGAGCGGUGCCCACACCCUCCACAAGUGCCUACACCCCCAGCACAGCCCCAACGCACAAACAACCUCGGCUCAGCCCUCUGCCCCCUCCCCAUGUUGGAGAACAGGGGUGGGGGGGGAACCGGACUGAGCCCCCGGGGCACCAUCUCCCGAGGAGUGUUUUGUUUAAGGGACCUUUUACGUUCUUACUUUAUAUGACAAUAAAUUGGCUUUUACUUUGGA